AGUGAACCAAUAUAUGUCCCAGUAAAAUAUGAUAAAAACAGUGGAACUGAUUCUGAUGAUUCUUCAGAUACUCAUGCGGAAGAUGCUGUUUUAUCACGUCUAUCGUAUUCAGCGAGUUUAAAAGCGGAAGAAGAUAGGUUGAAAGCUUUAAGUAAAUUAUCAGUCAAACAAGUCGCCAAAUUAGUCGGGGCGUUAUGGGCGUUAUUAAGUUCGAUAUUAUACGCCCUAUAUCUGGUCUCGCUACGAAGAAAAGUGGAUCACGAGGACAAACUAGAUAUACCCAUGUUUUUUGGUUUUGUUGGAAUAAUUUGUAGUGUAAUAAUAUGGCCAGGGUUUCUGAUUCUUCACUAUUCUAAAACGGAGAUAUUUAUAUGGCCAACACGGUCUCAAUGGUUGUAUAUUACAGUCAACGGAUUAAUAGGCACCGUUUUCUCAGAGUUCUUAUGGCUGUGGUAUGUUUCUUAUUUUUUUGCCGCUUAUAACAAGUGUCUUGUGACGUCAUUAUCGCAAAAACUGAAAAUAAAAGGGCGCUAUGACGUCACAAUUGCAAAAACUGCUAGUUAUAUCUAA